AUGUACUACUGUUCGCAGUUCAUCAAGUCAAGCUUGAACCGCAUCAUUGAAUUCUUUCAGAGUAGCGACGCCUUGAGUCCUGCUCUUGCAUUGGACACUGCUGACGCUUUUGAGCAAGCUGUUGAAGAAAUCAAACGCCAGGCUCAGGCACAGCUGACGAACUUCAUGCGCUCUGUUUCCCGAUUUGAGGUUGUCCUUGAUGUGUUUGCUCCUGAAAUCACAGUCCCAUCUCUUCUGCUGACUACAAAGGCUGCAUUCACGUUCUCAUAA